GGUAUGGCAGUGAUCAGGACGCUGGUAUGACGUAUGGCAGUGAUCAGGACGCUGGUAUGACGUAUGGCAGUGAUCAGGACGCUGGUAUGACGUAUGGCAGUGAUCAGGACGCUGGUAUGACGUAUGGCAGUGAGCAGGACGCUGGUAUGACGUAUGGCAGUGAGCAGGACGCUGGUAUGACGUAUGGCAGUGAGCAGGACGCUGGUAUGAUGUAUGGCAGUGAGCAGGACGCUGGUAUGACAUAUGGCAGUGAGCAGGAUGCUGGUAUGGGGUAUGGCGGUGAUCAAGAGGCUGGUAUGGGGGUAUGGCGGUGAUCAAGAGGCUGGUAUGGGGCAUGGCGGUGAUCAGGACGCUGGUGUGGGGUAUGACGGGGAUCAAGACGCUGGUGUGGGGUACGGCGAGUUUCAGGACGUUGGUAUUGCGGGGAUCAGGAUGCUGGUAUGGAGUAUGGCAAUGAUCAGGGCGCUGGUGUGGGGUAGGGCGGGGAUCAAGACGCUGGUGUGGGGUACGGCGAUUCAGGACGUUGGCAUAGCGGGGAUCAGGACGCUGGUAUGGAGUAUG